UCUUAUGCUUCUUCUUUCUCCCCACCACCCUCACCCCACACUUCUCUUCUCCUUUACAUAAUUAUUUUUUCCUGUCUUUCUCUGUCUCUCUGAGUACAAUGAGACCUGAGGGGACUAACCCACUAGACCUAAACAACUUUCCUGAGGAUUUAAGUAGAAUCGAUGGAAAUCAGGCUUCUGAGGAGACUUCUCCGGCAACCACCACUGAAUCAACUAGGUUUAUUAGGAAAAAGAAAAGUAGCAGUAAUGGAAAGCAAGAUGGAAAAGAUGACGAGAGUGGUAAAGUUUAUGAGUGUAGGUUUUGUUCUCUCAAGUUCUGCAAAUCCCAAGCUCUUGGUGGCCACAUGAAUCGCCAUCGCCAAGAGAGAGAGACAGAGCAACUAAAUCGAGCUCGGCAGCUAGUUUUCAGUAAUGAUCCCCUAGCCGCACAAGGGUGCACUCAUAUAGGGUUGAGAGAUCCAAACCUAAAUAGCGGGAACAGACCAAUAAUGCCAGCGGUGAACUUUCAUCAUCAAGGUGGUGGUGCUGCUGCUGGAGGAGACCCAUCUCAGCAACAAUUCAGAUCUAUCUACCCAGCAAGACUAUUUUCUGGGUCGUCAUCGACAGUCUUACAAUCACAACCACCAUCACAUCAACAGUACAUAUAUUCAACUUCACCGUCAUCUCGUCUACCGUCUUAUCUUUCACAAUACCCACCGCAUCAUCUAAUGAACGAUUACUUCAUUAAUAGAGUUGCUGAAUCCAAUUACACUUGUAUUGGUGCUCCUUUAGGUCAUGUUUUCCCACAUGAUGCCGAUAGAACUAGCCGGGUGUUACCGCUAUCUGGAACUACAACAGCAACUACUACUACUAUAGGUAGAGGAGGUAUAGAAGGAUCGCUAAUGCAAAGUGGUCAUGAAGAUGGGCUACUCUGGGGACCUAGCACUUGCGCAAGAACACAACAACAACAACAUUGAUUCUCUUCCGAUCAAUUGGUUUCAAGAUGCAUGGGUUUAAGAUUUUGUAAUAUCAUGAAUGAGUAGAGUAGCAAUCUAGUUAACCAGCUUUGU